AUGUAUAUAUUGACAUUGGGUGUCAUUUUUUUUCCCCAGGUGAUCAGCUGCAACAAGAACAUAUGUACGCUUCAGAUAACAGAUACAACAGGAAGCCAUCAGUUCCCAGCCAUGCAACGACUAAAUAUUUCAAAGGGUCACGCAUUCAUCCUGGUAUACUCCAUUACAAGCAAGCAGAGUUUAGAAGAGAUCAAACCGAUCUUUCAGGUGAUCAAAGAGGUGAAAGGGGACAUAGAAGGCAUACCAAUUAUGUUAGUAGGUAACAAAUGCGACGAGACUGAAAGUAGAGAAGUGGAAAAUCAAUAUGGAAUGGAUCAGGCUAAAAAAUGGGGCUGCGGUUUUAUGGAAACUUCAGCGAAAACUAAUUACAACGUUAAAGAAUUAUUCCAAGAAUUGCUGAACAUGGAGAAAAAAAGGACCGUGAGCCUACAAUUGGACACGAAAAAGACGAAAUCUGAGCUACGAAAAGAGAAAUUGAAGGGCAAAUGUUUGUUAAUGUGAUUCUUCAGGUGCAAACAAACAAAAAAAAAAAAAAA